AUGGGACGGGCCGGAGCCAUGGGUGACGGCGACGUCCUGCUGAUUGCGCUUGUCCUGCUGCUGGCCACUGUGGCUGCCUGCUGGGCCCUUGGCCACUGGCAACCACGGAGGCGGCAGACACGGACACCAAAGCGCAGCAAGCGCCCCGCGGUGCGGCCCAGAGGCUCCCGGAGGAAGCCAGGAGCCCCUGUGGCUCCCGGGUCCUGCAGGCCUCGGGCCACCCCUCGCAAGCGGCCACGUGCUCCCGCCAUUCCCUUGGGCAGCCCCUGCAGCUGCGGCCCCUUGGUGGCCGUGGCCCAGGAGCUGCAGGAUCUGAUGCUGCUGCUCUGGGAUGGCAAUGGGACUCGUGCGCCGCUCUACUCUGGGAUGUGGCAGGCGCUCUGGAGAGAACUGGAGGAGCUGGUGAAGCAGGGCCACCUGCCCCUGUGUGGCUCGUCCGGCUCCUCAGGAAGCCCCCAUCCCUUCGAGAGGCGUCUCUCCAUCCCUGGGAGAGCCUCUACCCUUGCAAGGGUGGCACACCAGCAGAGAGCCGCCAUCCAUGCAGGGGCCUCAGGCUGUCAGAGACCUUCCAUCCUGCCCGGAGCCUCUGCUUUCUCUGACAGCCUCCAUCCCUCACAGAGGCUCAGUGAGACCUGUCUGCCUGCGCACGGUGCAGAGCCCGUGGACAGGUCUCCCAGCUCCCCUGGACUCACGGGCGUCAACAGCACGGGCGCAAGCCUGACUGUUGACCUGGUCAGGGAAAGCCCGGAAGUCCAAAUGGGAGCCCAGCCUGAGGCAGGGGAGCCUCGUCAGGAGCAGCUGGCGGAGCAGCAAGCGUCCUGGAGCCAGCACUUGCCGGCCCACAGCUGCCAGGACGCUGUGCCUGUUGUGGCAGCUGGCAACAGCCCCAGCCUGGUGGUGGAGACGACCCUGGAGCCACCAAGGGAUCUCCAGGAAGCUGCCCCAAGAGAGCCCUCGAGCAUCGCGAAGGCCUCUCUAAGAGCAGCUGCUCCUCACGCCCCCCUGUGCCAAGCCUCGGGCUGUAGCCCCGGCCGUCCCGGGCAGCAGAGUGCAGGCCACGACGCCGGGGACAGCGACGGUGCCGCCCUGCCCCGCAGCACCGCGGCUCCUGCAGCCGCCUCUGCGCGCCGCCCCUCCCCAGCUGUGCCGCUGGCCAGCCCGGCGGCGGCGAGGAGGCGGUGGCCGCUGCCCGGUGCGCAGCUGGAAGCAGGUGAGAGCAAGGGGAGCCCCGGGCGCAAGGCUGAUGGCUCGCUCUUGGCCGCAGGGCAAAGGAAGCAGCCGCAGGAGCUGUACCAGCUGGGCCCGCAGCUGGGCAGCGGCGGCUUCGGCACCGUUUUCGCGGGCACCCGCCUCUCGGAUGGAAGCCCGGUGGCCAUCAAACGCGUGGCCCGGGAGAGCGUCCUGCGGUGGGAAGAGCUGCCCGACGGCACCCGUGUUCCCAUGGAAAUCGUGCUGAUGGAGAAGGUGGGCUCUGGAUGCCCCUACAUCAUCCAGCUCCUCGACUGGUUCGAGCUGCCUGACAGCUUUCUGCUGGUGAUGGAGCGUCCGGAGGCAUCGCAGGAUCUCCUGCAGCUCCUGAUGCAGCACGAGUUCCUGUGCGAGGAGGUGGCGCGCUGGCUUUUCCACCAGGUGCUGGCCGUGCGGCACUGCACCGCCUGCGGCGUCCUGCACCGCGACAUCAAGCCACAGAACCUCCUCGUGGACCCGGAGAGCGGCGACCUGAAGCUCAUUGACUUCGGUUGCGGCACCUUCCUCCAGGAGCGCGCCUUCACGCGAUUUGCGGGAACACGCGCGUACAGCCCACCCGAGUGGAUCGGCAUCGGCUGCUACCACGGCCAUUCGGCCACCGUCUGGUCCCUGGGCGUGCUGCUGUACGUCAUGGUCUGCGGGAGCCUCCCCUUCUGGGACGACCGUGCCAUCGUGUCGGGGCAGCUCUUCUUCGAGCACCAGGUCUCUCCAGAGUGCGAACAUCUGAUCCGCUGGUGUUUGUCCAAGCACCCCGCGGACAGGCCAGCGCUGGAGCAGAUCUUGUGGCACCCGUGGGUGCGGGGCGGGCGUUUUUGAUGCCUCGCCGGAGCCUCUGCAGCACCCAGUUACCACGUCCCACGCAGGACCCAAAAAUAAAACAACCUCAAACCC